UGGUCUGGCGGUCAGCUGACGUGUCAAGGUAAACAUGUUGUCAAUGUUAUCGCCUCGGAGGCAAUGUUAGCCUCAUUCAAGGCUGCCCUCUUUUAAUGGCCUCAUUCCUUUGCGUCUUAAGCAUGCAUGGUGGAAAGGGUGAGGAACGCCGCUUCUUUAAAGGCGCUCCGCGGUGGUUAAACACAGCGCCCGCCUGAGAUGCUUCAAGGCUAUGCUAAUGAUGAAGCUAACGGACGCUGGUUGCCUGACACCCAAGUGGAUGGAAACGACACCGCACGAUGCUUCAAACAGCCGCUUGAGCGAAUUGAGAGAGUCGGACGAGCUCGUCAGCUGUUGGUAAAUGGUUAGAACGGCAACACCGAGAGAGUCGGUGAUGCCUUCACGGGCGUAGCGGUGCACUUUCAUCACUUUGCACAGAUGUCAUUCACAAUGGAGGAUCAUUUGGAGUCGGGCUGGGUUGCCGUUCGCCCGAAUGCGUUCGAGGAGAAGGAGAAGCACAAAUUUGUCUUCAUCGUAGCCUGGAACGAAGUGGAAGGCAAAUUUGCCAUAACAUCUCACAACAGGACGGCGCAAAGGAGAAGCUUUGGCAGCAGCAGCAGCAGCAGCAGGGACCCUCCGUCCGAGGAUGGAGACAAAACAAGAUGGCCCGGAAGUCCCGCCGGGGAUAAAGUCUCCACGAGCCCCGGCUCAGGAGCCAGGGAGGCUGCCGUAAAAGGCCUUAAAGGCAAGCCCCCAGGUUCCAAACUAAGCCCUGUGAAGAUUAAAACGGUGGUCAACUACGUGUCAUCUCACGUCAGUUGUGACGGAGAGUCGCAGAGAGAGGAGCAGCUGCCCUCCGUGGACACGUUGGACCUGGAGGAUAGUCUGAGCCGGGAGGACUGCAGCUGGGCAGGUCUCUUUUCCUUCCAGGAUCUGCGGGCGCUCCAUCAGCAGCUGUGUUCGGUCAACUCGGACCUAGAGCCCUGCCUCCCCGUCUUCCCGGAGGAACCGAGCGGGAUGUGGACGGUGCUGUUUGGACCGGCCGAGGUCUCGGAGACCGAGAUGGAUGAGCUGUGUUCCGAGUUGCAGCUCUACCUCGGCCACGCGCUCGACAUAUGCGGCUGGAAGAUCCUCUCGCAGCUUCUGUUCGCGGAAAACGAUGACCCAGACGAGUACUACGAGAGCCUGAGCGAGCUGAAACAGUGUGGAUAUGAAGAGGCGCUUUUCCGCGAAAGUAAACACCUGCGAGAGCUUCUGGACAGACACAAGAGCUUGGACAGCAUGGUUGACUUGCUAGAACUUUAUGAGGAGGAGGACCAGGCCUACGGAUGCUUGCUGGAGGCCUCCACGCAACUGUACCAGUACCUGCUGCAGCCAUUCCGCGACAUGAGGGAGCUUGCCAUGCUGCGUAGACAGCAGAUCAAGAUCUCCAUGGAGAACGACUACCUGGGCCCCAGGCGCAUUUCUGCCCUCCAGGAGGAGGACUCUGAUUGGCAGAGGAAAGCUCAAGAAGCUGUCCUCAUUAUCCAAGAGUUCACCGUAAAAUAUUUUGAGACAACAGCUAGAGCUCAGAAAGGAGUUUAUGAGCGUAUGAAGGUGGACCAGCGCAAGUUCGGUAAGGCCUCAUGGACAGCGGCGGUGGAGCGUAUGGAGAGAAUCCGCUACUCUGUCGCCAAGGAAACCCUGCAGCUGCAAAGGGCCCGGGAGAUCAGCCUGGAGCAGAGGAAAUGCACGCUUCGAGAAGAGAUGCAGAGCCUGUGUAGCAGCGAGGAUGCGAUGACCCUACUGGACCACAUGGAAUCCCAGUACUAUGAGCUGCAGCUCCAACUGUACGACAUCCAGGCUGAGAUUCUUCAGUGCGAGGAACUGCUUCUCACCGCCCAGCUCGACAGCAUUCGGAGACAGAUGACAGAGCAUCAGAAUGAGGUGGUGUACUACGACACUUUUGAAAGCGCUGAUGAAAUAACAGAGGAGGACACGGCGGAGAAGGAAGAACUGCAUCGACUUCACGUCAGCGUGCGACAACUGGAAGCGCGGCGGGGGCGCAUCACGGCCAAGCGUUCCUAUCUGAGGAGCAAGAGGGAGAUCUGUGUAUCGAACCACAUUAAGAAACAACAAAAGCGUCGAAGCACCCAGAAAGACUCCUUAUCGCAAUGGGUCUUACAGACAAAAUACGAAGAAGAAGAAGAUGAAAGAAAGAAUAGCAGAGUUCGUCAAGAGAGACAGAGGACUCUGGAUAGACUUCGCACUUUCAAGCAGCGCUACCCGGGUCAGGUGAUUUUCAAGUCCGCUCGAUUGCGUGCGGCCCACGGCAGAAGGAGAGAGCGCGGCAGGAUGGUGCCAACGGAGGGUGAGGGUGAAAGGGAGGAGCGUUCCGAGCCCGCCGGCGCACGGGACCCGGGCCAGCAGCCGCUGUUUCUCAGCAUCAGCGUGCAGACGGACCCCAGCUCCACGCUCACCACCCAGCCCGUCGCGGUCCUGGCAGCGCAGUCACUUCCUCCUUUGCCCGUGCCCAGUCCUGCAGACUCCUUCUGCUCCCCUUGCGCCCUGUCCUCGCUGCUGGCGUCCCCGGCCUCGCCUCCGCCUCCGCCCCCUCCUCUGCCUCUCCUGCCAAUACGAGAACAGGUGUCCCCCUCUGACAGCCCGGGCAGACAGGCGCUGAGGGCUGAGGAGCAGAGUGCGUCAGAGGAGCUCUCUCAGUCCCCUCUUGGCCCCUUCCAUCCUCGCUUCUUCGACAGCAGCCAGCUGUUGAGCGCCCGCAAAAAGCUGAGGAAGACUCCAGGCUUUGAGGCCCACAGCAGACGAGGGAGCUCCCCCAUGGACGAAGUACUGGCCUCCCUGAAGAGAGGCAGUUUCCACCUGAAGAAGGUCGACCAGCGGGGCAUCCCUCCCGCUGGUCAGAGUGACGACGACCCCAACAGCAUCUUGGCGCAGAUCCGCAAGGGGGUCAAAUUGAGGGAAGUCCCCCCUCAAGAAAGGAAAGGCCAGCAGGAUGUCGCUGCUCCCAGAGACCCUCUGACCCAAAGCAUCUAUGAGGCACUUCGACGAAUAAAAGAGGCCUCGCCAGAGUCGGACUCUGAUGACGACGGGCUGGGUGGGCCCGACUGGGAAAGCUAGGGUUUGUAACUCAGACGAGACCAAAUGUAACCAAUAACACGACACGAUAGCGAAUAGGAACCUGCUUCUGUCCCUCAAGGCACAUUCGACACUACUGUACCCUAUUGGGAUAAUUACAGUAUUUAACUCGGUUUGUAUCCUUUCCAAGUCCAAAAAUGAGCAAGCAUGUUCCAAAUAGCUACUACCUUUGAGGGUACUACCUAGUGACAUUGUACCUUUAAAGGUCCAAGCCUGUACUUGUACUACACUACACCACGCUACACUCCUACUACUACUACACACACACACACACACAUACACACACACACGCACACACAUAGCAACAACACAAAGGGGGAUGGGGCACACUAAACAUCACCAAAUAUAGGUCAUCCUCAUCAUUUUUUAUUCUUAUUCACCAAAUUGUUCAUAAUGAUUGUACCGUGUACUGUCACAACGUAACGAUGCCAUAUUUAUUUGUAGUUAUUCAACUGUUGUGUAGCCGAUAUAAACAUGCCCAGUUUUUUUUUCAACCCUUUGCACUGAGCCUUAAAUAUGGAAUGGAAAACCUCAAGCAGAAAUCUGUCUUGACACUGGAACAAGAACGUUUAUGGGCACGGUUUGUAAAUUGGGGUCAUAUGGAUUAUAACAAUACAAAUCCCUCUGAGAUUUAAACGGAGAUCACGAGGCCAAGCGUUACCAUGUAACAUUACCACUGUCACCAUCUUUAAUAUUUUCGCUGUUACCGCCAAGACGCCGGUGCUGCGCGGGGGUGUCACAUGUACGUCAUGCUGCGCGGAGAAUAUAGUAAAGGCACACUGCUUGUCUCAUACGACAUUGCACAUAAGCAGUAAAUCCUUCAGUAUGUUACGCUUGAUUCACCCCCCCCUUCCCCCUCCUGUCCUCUUCUGGCUUCACCACCCCCAUGUUCCUCAUCCAGCUAGGAUGACCAUCUGCUUAACUGCAGCAUGCUAUACGAUAGAGCUGUGGGAGAUGUAGCGCCUCAAUCCGUGGGUUAUUGCCACAUCAAAGGAGAAAAGCGUGUUCGCAACGAGCGCUAGGAGAUCCCCGAGCUUUGUACAGACUGGGACGCUCUGCAUCACUGGUGACUGCUACUCCACCUUCUCCCCUCGCUUCUUUCUCCACACGCACACUUGAGUAGGCAGUCACGCUCAGUUGGAAGUCAGUCAUUCACACGCUACCCACGCGCUAGGUUUUUAGCCAACGUGCGCUUGCUGACCGCAUUGUGUAACAAUUUUACUUAGGAGUGGCAGUUCCAGUAUCACGUAUGGUACAAUGACUACGACCACAUGACGCGGACAAAAGAAUUGUGACACUUUGCUAGUUCAUCUACGGGAUGUGAAAAUAGGAGAUCCCUUUUCAGUUGUAACAGCUUUCAAUCCUCUGUGGAGAUUUUGGAGUCUGGGAUAUAUAUAUUUUUUUUUUGCACAUUCAUCAGUGGUCCAUAAGCUUUAUCCCGCCUAAAUAAUAAUGUCUCAAUACUUAUGUAAUGUAUAUGAACUGGUUUCAGCGCUUAUUUUCAGCACUUUAAUAUGUUGAAUUUAUGUAUACAGUCAUUUGAGUGUGUUUCAAAGCCCUGACUGUGGAACAGUUAAUAUUGAAUUCAUUUUCUUUUUUUUUUUUUAUAAAUGUGGCUACGAACAGAGGAAGGAACAGAGGAACCAUGCACUCUCUGUCCCGUUCCUCAUGAGAGCUUGUUGCUUAUUGCCCAUGCACGAAUCACCGAUGUACUUUUCUCAUUCAUUCUAAAGCCGUUAAAAGUCCUAACAGAGGUUUAUUAAUUGGAGUGGCGGAAAACAGCUUUUCUGUUAGUGUCAGCACAAUAUCUAAUGCACGAGGGCAAACUGCCUCUUGACUCUUAACCCUCAAGUACAAGCACAUUCCGUAACUUCACAUCACAUGAAACUGACUCGGAAUUCUUUUGCCAUUAAAUAGAAACCACCCUGUGGAGUUCAUUUUGUGAAGUGCUUAUUGUGAUCCAGAUCACGUUCACUCUUUCUACACUUUAUCAACAAGAACUUUAUUGUAACGUCAGCUAACUGUAUUUGCUUUGCAUGUCAUCGCCCUCAUGUUCGUCCUUCCUCUUCCUCAGCAUUUUAAAUUUUUUAUGUCAACUCACGCAGGCUGACUAUACAGUGCCCCGUUUUAAAUGUGCUAUACCACUAUGAAGACAAGCACUCAAACAUGAACAAUCACCUCACACAGCCACAUUUAAAUGCUUCGACGCAAUUGCCCCAAAUACGCUUCAUCUGCUGUUAAACUUAAAAAUCAUUUUGUUUGUGCGAUGGUUUGUUUUUAUAACCUUGCCCUGCAUUUAAAUAAAACCUUGCAAUGCAAAUAUGUUGAGAA